AUGGCGUCUUGGAGCUUUGUGUACUUGCUGUGUUUACUGUGCACAAGAACUGCAACAGUCACAUCGUCAAACCCAUGGAAACAACCCAAAGUUGAUUACGAAAAGGCGACGUUUGAGUCUAAAGUAAUGAUAACGAAUACGACUCACGAGUCAAGCAUCAACACCCAAAACACCCAAGACUGUCCAGCCCCAGCUGUAUGUAGCUGUGGCAUUUUUAACAAUGUCAUUGAUUGUUCAGGCAGAGGACUAACUAGUGUCCCUGCAUUUAGUAAAAGUGAUAGUUUAUGGGACUUGUACCUUAAAGAUAACCAUAUCCACAGUUUAAGAGAUGACGACUUUCAUAAUAUCCAAAUACAAUUAUUAGACAUGUCUAAUAACUCAUUGACAUCUGUUUCCGAUAAUGCAUUUCGAGGACUGGAAUCGGUUCUUAACUCUUUAUAUUUGGAGUCUAACCGUUUGACUAACAUUCCGGAAACCUUGACGAAUUUGAAGAAUUUAACCUCAUUGACAAUCCAGCAGAAUCCAAUCUCAAAUUUUGAUGAAAACGUGAUGACAUCCCUCAGCAGCACGAUAAACACAUUCCAUUUUGGUUCUGAGGAGAUGGUCAUCUGGCCUCCGUCAGUACAGCUCCUGAACCUGUUUGAAUUGGGAAUUUUUAGCUUACCAUUAGAGAUAUUGCCGGAAACAGCGUUUGCAAAUUUAAGCCUAAGUUGGCUUACCCUGAACAACAUGAAGUUGAAAAGACUUCCGUCCAGUUUUAAAGGUCUUGAGAAUCUGUACUAUCUAUCUUUAAACACUGAUGAAGAUCUAACAUUGGAUGGUGUUCCCAGAAGUCUUUUUGAAAGUAUCAAGGGUCUGAAUUCGCUUCAGAUUAUCAAUAGCAAGUUCACAGCACUUCCGGAUAUAUUCCACUACACAACUGGACUAUUUCAAAUCGAGUUAAACUCUGUUCCCAUUAAUGACUUUCCCGCGGAGAUGUUACCGGAAGAAUCCAAUAUCACCAUUGCUGACUUUAAACACACUCUCUUUAAUGAGGUACCGUCUGCAAUCUCUAAGAUGAAGAAAUUAAGCGUUCUGAGCUUGAAUUAUAACAACAUAACAACAAUUCAAUCCGGCGAUCUUUCUGGGCUUUCUAAAUUAGAAUAUGUCUCUAUCUCCAAUACCCCGCUGCAUAAUAUUUCCCUAGACGCAUUCAAGACACUGACCUCUCUUCAGUAUUUAGCAUUAGACAACACGGCGCUCACCAGUAUCCCACGUGCUGUAGAGGAAGUAACAUUUGACAUCUUGAGUUUGUUCGGAAACAAAUUAAUCUGUACGUGCCAGUCGAUGGGCUGGAUGAAGAACUGGUCCGGUGCUAGCAGAAUCGGCAUCAACGGCCAUUGUAACAACCUAGGAAACAUGGAGGUCUGGCAAUAUGUGCGACAGAACGUUCCUAAGUGUCCUUAA